AUGAUGAACCCGCGUACAAAACUGAGCGAAUGUCGCUCCAACUCUCACGACACUCUGCGAGGAGGGAUGCCCUCCCCGCGGAUUGCACAUUUCGACGGCGAAGUCCCUCCGGCACUGUCUCCCCUCGAUGCCUUUGCAGCUCAGGGUCGAUUCCUAGCGCGACAGCUGGAUGAAUCCCGACUAGGUGAACGGCGAAUGAGUCGCCUACCUCCUUCCAGUGUUGCCCGGUCGCUGUCCCGCCCACGACCAGGCUAUUUCCGCUCCGCAAAUAGCGAAUCCAAUACCGAUACUCUCACGCGGCGACCGACUCAGAAAGGCCUUCCAGAGUUAGAGGAGCCAAAGUAUCGCCCAAUUUCGGAACACCCUCGAUUUAGCUCGGUCUCACACGCCAGCAGCAAUGCGGCAAGCUUUUACGAAGACGACGAGACCACCCCCCGGACAACUAUAAUCCAAGACGACCCCAGCGAGUGGGGGAUACCUCGUUCGCAUUCACCCGAUACAGACUCGGUUUACGCAGAUGAAGCGGAGGGCUCAGUGGGGGUGGUGGUGGAUGACCCCUCGCGUCAGUCGUCGAUGGACUCCAUUACCAGCAGACUUCAUAUUCCACGAACUCUGGCUCCGCCAGUUUCGCCGCAUUCUCGACCAUCGAGCAGCGCCCGGGUGACUCAGCUGGAGAGCUCUGACGAUGAUUACAGUAGUUCCAAUGCAGGUUCGACAUUCUCCAAGCCACGGAAAUUGUCAUCGGGGAGUGCUGUAUCGCUUCCAUACUCACCUAUGUCGACCUUUCCAGUUAGGCCACAUCCUCGUUCGCCUUCAAUAAGCUCGGAAACUUCGACGGGCACCAGCUACCUAGCGCGACCCUCCUUCAACUUCUCUCGACCUCUCAGUCGGUCCAGCACCAGUCUCUCGGCACCGGGGGCCCCAGAGCCAGCUACCGCCCCAGCUCCGGCGCCCCAGCGGCAUCAAUCCAACCAUAUGCAUCGCCCGAGCAAGCCUACUCCGAUUCUGGUUCCCUUGUCCACUGACCAGGCAGCUGCUACUCGACCAGCCGACGGGGAGCCAUCCUCGGCGGUUUCUUCAUUUGUGUACGCCAAGUAUGCAUUGCCGCGCGGGCGUGAGCCUUCCAGAGACUCGGUGAUCUUUGCAGGCCUACAGACUCCACACUUUGAAUGGAAUGAGCCUCUGUUUGAAAAUUCUCCCCCGCGUGAAUCGGUUGAAGUACCUCGCUCAGCCCGCACUCCACCACCGACCAACCGCCAGCCAAUGGAUCACUCACCCAAGCCACAUUCGAUGUACGAAGUUCCGACUCCUGCAACGCCUGCUCCACCCUCACCCAAACUACCGGCCUCUUCGCCACGGCCGUCAACUUCUUCGUCAAAACCGCCGACUUCACCAAUGCCCUCUGCACCGACACUGGCCACACCUGAGAAACCUAGACCUUCCACAGAAUCCACCCGGUCCAACCACAAGACAAAUGAUAAAAUCGAAACGGCCUCCUCGGCUGGCUCUGCGAGCACCUUGCGUCCCCAGACUGCCGCGACCCAGGCAACAUCGAAUACUUUGUCCGCUGACGAUCAUGUUACUAAGGGCAUUGAACUGCACGAGAGUGGGUCUUUGAAUGAAUCGACCUAUCACCUGCGGAUUGCUGCGAAGCAAAAUCACCCCACUGGAAUGUUGCUAUACGCGCUUGCCUGCCGUCAUGGUUGGGGUAUGCGUUCCAAUCAAAAAGAAGGUGUGCGAUGGCUACGCAAGGCUGUGGAUUCAGUAGGGUUGGAAAUGCUGGAGAACCCCGAUGCUCCUGGCGCGUCCAAGGCAAAGGAGCUGCAGAAGGCUUACCGUGCCCAAUUUGCUCUCAGCAUCUAUGAGCUGGGCGUUAGCCACUUGAAUGGCUGGGGUAUUGAACAGGAUAGGUCUCUCGCUCUACGUUGUUUCGAAAUCGCUGGUCAGUGGGGUGAUGUUGAUGCCAUGGCCGAAGCUGGUUUCUGCUAUGCAGAAGGUGUUGGUUGUAAGAAGGACAUGAAGAAGGCUGCACGAUUUUACCGCCAGGCCGAGUCCAAUGGCAUGAGCAUGGUCGGCAACAGCUGGAUCUACAAAGAAAAAUACAUGGGAGACGAGGCCAAAGAAUCUCGCUCGCGCGGGCGAACGGUCAGCAGUGAUAAGAAGAACCCUCGCAGUAAAUCGCGCACCCGCAGUAUCUUCCAACGGAAGAAGUCUGUACCCGAGUCAUAG